AUGUUUGUUUCGUUUUAUUCUUUGUGCAUCUCUAACUUAUUAUUUGUAAUCGUUGAAUCAGAUCUGAGUAUUGGACUGCUGAAAAAGACAGGAAAUAGUCCGAAACCAAAUGGCUAUGGUAAUCGACCACGUGGAGUGCCCUUUUCACGUGGACCUUUCUAUACUACGGGUGAAGUAUUUGCUUGCAUAGACAACUCAAAAGCGAUACCGUUUUCUCAAGUUAAUGAUAAUUAUUGUGAUUGUCAAGAUGGUAGUGAUGAACCAGGAACAUCUGCCUGUCCUAAUGGUAAAUUCCAUUGUUUAAAUCGUGGUUUUCUAGCUGAAGAUAUACCAUCGAGUCGAGUUAAUGAUCAGAUAUGUGAUUGUUGUGAUGGAAGCGAUGAAUGGGAUGGUGCAGUUGAUUGUCCUAACGUCUGUCAUGAAUUAGGAGCAAAAUAUCAGGAAAACCUACGUCAGAAAAUUGAAUUAGCGAAAAGGGGUUUUAUAAAACGAAUGGCAUUGGUUUCAGCAGGGCAGGAAUUAAAAACAGAAAAAUUGAAGCAACUGGAAACUUUAAGAAUUGAUUUUGAGAAUAUGAAAAAAUUGAAAGCAGAAGCUCAGAAAAAGCUAGAUGAAAUGGUACAUCUGGAAUCAGAAGCAAGGAAAAAACAUGAAGAAACUUGGGAAGAAGAAAAAAAGAAGCUAAAACGAAAUUAUGCUCAAGUACUGUUCGAUGCAUUGGAUCUUAAUAAAGAUGGAAAGAUUACGUUGGAAGAACUACGAUCGUUCAGAGUAUUUGACACUAAUAAUGAUAACAUAAUUUCUGAUGACGAAAUAAAGUAUGUUCUACCGGAUGAAAAGGAGGAGUGUGAUUUUGAAGUAUUUUUCGAAAGUGUUUACGAUAAUGUGCAUCAUCAUUUUGAAAAGUCAAAAGAAAAUGAGAAGAACGAAGAGGAAAAUAUUGAUCUCUCCCCUUCAUCUUCACCUGUGGAAACAGUAGUCACAGAUUCACCCGAUAAUGAUGCUUUGAAGCAGGUACUUGAAGAGAAGUCGGAAACAGUUGAUGAUCUCAGCAAGAACAUUCCUGUAAUUCCAAACCUUGAUUUAGAUAGACCAGUCUUUGAUGCAGAAACAGAAAGAAUAAUCAAAGAGGCGGAUGAUGCAAGGAAGGAAUAUGAAGAUGUUGAUAAACGCUAUAUGGAUCUUGACUCUUCUAUCAAGGACUCGGAGCAGUAUACAAAAGAUGAUUUUGGUGAUGACUUGGCUUGGGCUACUCUAAAAGGGAGAUGUUUUGAAUUGGAAGAAAAUGAAUAUUUGUACAAGCUCUGUUUAUUCGACAAAGCCACUCAGAAGAGCAAGAACAGUCAUAUUGAGACAGAUCUAGGACAGUGGAGUGGAUGGACUGGAACAGAACUGAAUAAGUUUGAGUUUCAAGUCUACCAGAAAGGGACGCCAUGCUGGAAUGGACCGGACCGGUCAACAAAAGUAGUUGUUGAAUGUGGAGAAGAGACUGAGUUGGUAGAAGCAUCAGAACCCAGCAAAUGUGAAUAUCUAUUUACAUUGCGUUCUCCAGCUGCAUGUCCGGACCCUGCUAAUAUCACUGACGAGCACGAAGAACUUUGA